CUCCCCUUGUUGGAUCCGGUUAUAAAGUAAACCGUGUUCUUUGAGAGCUGUGCAUAUAGAUGAGUCAGGAGCCGGUCUAAGCUGACCCACAGACAUAAAAACCCAAGGCGCUGAGUGCCUUCAGCUGGGACAUCCAAACUCUCCACUCCAAGGUGGACUGGCUCACAUCAGCCACCUGGCUGCUUCCUUGGGGACCAAGAAAAUGAGUGUUUGUCUCCAUAUUUACCCCUGCGAUCCAUGAGGAAGUACCAUGCAGUGCGUGCUUGACACGGGUCACAGGAGCCCAGAGUGAAAGGCUGCACAGACAAUGGUGUCCCUGGGGCUGUUCCUCCCAUCCCUUCUCUUCCUUCAGGAGUGGCAGGACUUUGUAAGAUCAGGGCCCUGACAGAGAGGAUGUUCAAACAUCUUCGGAAAUGGUUUGUCACUCACAUCUUCGGGCGUUCACGGCAACGAGCAAGGCUGGUCUCCAAGGACGGAAGGUGUAACAUAGAGUUUGGCAAUGUAGACGUGCAGUCAAGGUUUAUAUUCUUUGUGGACAUCUGGACAACCGUGCUUGACCUCAAAUGGAGGUACAAAAUGACCGUGUUCAUCACAGCCUUCCUGGGGAGUUGGUUCCUUUUCGGUCUCCUGUGGUAUGUGGUAGCCUAUGUUCACAAGGACCUCCCAGAGUUCUACCCACCCGACAAUCGCACUCCUUGUGUGGAGAACGUUAACGGUAUGACCGCAGCCUUUCUGUUUUCGCUGGAGACUCAGGUGACCAUAGGCUAUGGAUUCAGGUUUGUGACGGAGCAGUGUGCCACUGCCAUUUUCCUGCUCAUCUUCCAGUCCAUUCUCGGAGUGAUCAUCAAUUCUUUCAUGUGCGGCGCCAUCUUAGCCAAGAUCUCUAGACCCAAAAAACGUGCGAAGACCAUCACCUUCAGCAAGACUGCGGUGAUCAGCAAGCGUGGUGGGAAGCUCUGCCUCCUCAUCCGAGUGGCUAACCUUAGGAAGAGCCUUCUGAUUGGCGGUCACAUAUAUGGCAAGCUCCUGAAGACCACCAUCACUCCUGAAGGAGAGACCAUUAUUUUGGAUCAGACCAAUAUCAACUUUAUUGUCGAUACCGGCAACGAGAACUUGUUCUUCAUCUCCCCGCUGACAAUCUACCACGUCAUUGACCACCACAGUCCUUUCUUCCACAUGGCGGCAGAAACGCUUCCCCAGCAGGACUUUGAAUUAGUCGUCUUUUUAGAUGGUACAGUGGAAUCCACCAGCGCAACCUGCCAGGUCCGCACAUCCUACGUGCCAGAGGAAGUGCUCUGGGGCUACCGCUUUGUCCCCAUAGUAUCCAAGACCAAGGAAGGGAAGUACCGAGUGGACUUCCAUAACUUUGGUAAGACGGUGGAGGUGGAAACCCCCCACUGUGCCAUGUGCCUUUACAACGAGAAAGACGCCAGAGCCAGGAUGAAGAGGGGCUACGACAACCCUAACUUUGUCCUGUCUGAAGUUGACGAGACAGAUGACACCCAGAUGUAGCGGUGGCUUUUUCACCUGCAGAAAACCUUCUGUGAACCUAGGGGCUGGCUGUGUUCUGGAGCGACCAGCAGUUGGGGGUGUGAAAGCAGGGUGAGAAACUGCCAGGUCUACCAGCGUGGUCACCCCUGAGCCCCAUGGCUAUGACUCCAAGACUCAUAGCUCUAAAAGCUGCAGUAGAGAGCACUUGAUGGACAAAUGUGACUUAAGCUGGCAUAUGGAAGCCGUAGGAACUCAUUUGGCGUCUUUCCUAUGACUGAGUGUGCUCAUCCAGUGUUGAUGGGAACAAAGUCACCCAAGGUCGCACGGACAGACAAUGCGGAUUCUUGUAGAAGACUCCUGGAAGAUGUUAGGAGCUCUCUAUAGCUUCGAGAACUAGCCAUAUUUCCCACUUGAUUCUAUGGAUGAGAAAGAUGCCACUUUCAUCUUAAAAUAGACUUUUAUCAACGGAAAAUCUGUCCCCUGAGUUGGGGGAAGUGAGUCAACCAAUCACUGACAAUAAGAGACAGUCAUACAAAGAAUGACUAAGGCUUCUAAGACUAAUGACUAACCUUCUCAAGUGCCUGUGUUUGAAGCCUUCAUCUGAGUCUGGGUCACGUGUUUCCGAAGGCGUAAAGUAUCAUCCAGUGACUCUGCACCUCUCUGAGCCCAAGGCAAAGAGGAGCAAAAAGUCCCUGGCAAGCUUUGUGGCUUACCCAGAUGCUGUGGUCCAUCUAGAAUUUGGCCUGAAUGAUCUCCCAUGGUCCAUGAAACAGAGGCCACGUCCAUUCUCUAGACGCUAAAUGAACAACCUCCUGCAAAGGAGAGUGUCUGAUUGAAAGUGCUCCUGAUGAGACUGGAGAGAAGGCUCAGUUUGUAAAGAGCUUGCUGUGCAAGCAUGAGGAUCUGGGUUUGGACCUCCGGCAAGCACACAGAAGGCCUGACUUAGUAGCAGUAACCCUAGCCGAUGUAGGAGGAUGCCUGAGGCUUGCUGGCCAGCUAAUGGGUGAGGUCCAGUUUCAGUGAGACUGCUUAAAAAAAGAAUUUGAAGGGGCUGGAGAGAAGGUGGUGAAAAAUACUGUGGUUGCUCUUCCAGAGAAUCCAGGUUUGAUUUCUGGCACCAACAUGGUGCUUCACAAUCGUCUAUAAAUCCAGUUUUCGGGCAUCUGAUUCUUUUCUGACUUCCAUAGACACCAGGUGUACAGACACACAUGCAAGCAAAACACCAUACACAUACAAUUCAAAAAAAUAAGGUGGAGAAUGAGGAAGAUAUCUUAUGCCAACUUCUGAUCUACUAAUCUACACACACACACACAUACACACAGAGAGAGAUCUGUGGUGGUAUUUCUUAUAAUAUUUAAUGGGUUAUGGGGCUACAGGUCUAUUAAAAGAGUUUUUAUUCCUAGCUCUUACAAGAUGAUACCAACUGUGAAAGCAGUCAGCUUGGAAGCGGGUGCAAUGCUAACACUGGAUGGAUAGUUCUGCAUUUCUCUGUUUAGUGCUUGAACUGAAAUUCUCGGUACGAAGGAGGAGAAGGAGGGAAUGAGCCAGUCCCCACAGUCAGGGUGCUGCCGGUCCUCUGCCCAUGAGGGCCAUCCCUACGUCUUCCAAAGGGAAAGGUUUUGCAGGAGCACUUACUUCGAACGAUGUGAAUGUCUGCUUGUUCACUUCCCUACCUGUGUUAUUCUGAAUGCACCUUGAAAAAGAAUGUGGAAUUGGAAGCUGUCCAAAAGUCAGAAUAUUUUCAGUAUGUGAUUAAUAAAUUUCUGAAACUGCGUGA